CGUAGGCUACGUCAGACGUAAAUAGCUACAGCUGAUGUGCAGCUAGUUUCAGCUAACGCGCGGCUAGCUACUUGUUGGGACCCAUCAUGGCAUUUACUUUGUAUUCUCUCAUUCAAGCAGCGAUCUUGUGCGUCAAUGCCGUAGCUGUAUUGCACGAAGAAAGGUUUCUCAGUAAAAUUGGCUGGGGAGUAGAUCAGAGUGUCGGAGGAUUUGGUGAUGAACCUGGCAUCAAAGUGCAGCUAAUGAACCUGGUCCGCUCUGUGAGGACAGUGAUGAGAGUGCCACUGAUAGCAGUAAAUUCAGUCUGCAUUGUGCUGCUGCUUCUGUUUGGAUGAAGAAGAGACAAAGCAGUCUGUUGUCAGGAGAACAUCUCCAUCACCUCAGGAAUCCCACUGAAGAAACUGAUUGUCUCUUCGACACACUGAAUGUCAGCCUUAGUGUGAAUGCUGUCAUUGUAUAUACCACAUUAAUAGAUGUUUUUAACAGUCUGCAGAAGUUAAAAGUGUCUAAUUUACACAUUUAAUUAAAACAAGAACCUUCAAAAUAGUUUACAAAUUGGUGAAUUCAGAUAUAUUGCUGCAGUAUAAGAAGACAGCAUUCUGUUUCAAAAUUGAAAAGCAACUAGAAAAUGAAUUACGACAAGUAUCUUAUUCCAAAUUUAAAUUAUGUACGCUUCAACUCGGUUUUAAGGGUAUAAGAUCUGAAUGAAUAAAUUAAGUAUGGCACUAGUUCAUUCAUGUUACCUGAUUAGAGUGAGACCCCACCUGUAUAUUAAGUUAUAGCCCUCAGACAGUGUUCAGGGAUUUUUGAACAGACGAAUGCUGUCAGAUUAGUUUACUCAUAGCACAACAGCAAACCAUAAAACUUAAUCCAAGAGUCAUUUAGUAUGUAUAGUUUGCAAGUAGGCUGCUCAUUUAAUAAGGAUUUUGUCUGAUCAAUUACCAGUGUUUUAGCCUGCAUAGUGCUUGCUUGAUUUGUUUAAAUUAAAGACUUUGUAAUACAUCAUAAUGGAAUGAUACAUAAAGUAAUCUUAGAUGCUGUUAUGUUAAAGAUAUGUGCAAUCAAUUCCAAAUAUCUUUGAAAUAUGUUCCAACUGCUGAUUCACACUAAUGAACUUAAUGUCAAUGAAAAAGAGUUUACUUUCACCUUCACAUAAAGACAGAAGGCACGUUUAUGUGAUGAUGGACCCGGCCUUAUAAUUGUUUGUCUCACGUUACCCUAGGAUGGGGACAAUUUCCAAUAUUUCUGUCACAAUAUUGCUGAAUUCACUCUGAACUCGACCAGUUUGUAAAUACAUUGUUUAAUAUUGGCGUUAAAGUGCUCGAUAAUAAAGAGCUGUGAAAACUGG